GACUUUUCAACUUGCGCUAAAUUCAAAUUGCCGGGGUGACGUUCAGUGUUUUCGCAUUGCUUAUUUUGUUGCACUUACUUUCUUGUUGUUCGACUAAAGGAUAAUAAAUUUCUGUCGAUCGUUCUUUACUCGUUUUUAUAUUCAGAGCUAAUAACUCUGGAUAUAUCCUGGUAUUUCAAUAUUGACUCCACCUUUUUAGCUAUAUAGGACACCUAGGUUUCCAUGGAUGUGAUGACAAUACAGAACUAUCUUAUCCUAGAAAUUAUAUUCCAGUUGUUGCUAAAGCAUAUGUUAUUGGGGCUUUCGAUAUCGUAUACAUUGAUUUUAAGAAUCGUGACAAACCAAAAGUCGGUUGUGAAGGUACACUUUCAGGAUUCUUUGGUAAAGAAGUAAAGCAUCCUGCAUAACUUCUGUGUGCCAAUCAAGGAUAUUCACCUUGAAAAUCUCAAAUAUAAUUUUCUGUAAUUUUAUUUCUGGAAGCAUCUGAAUUUGCAGAUCCUUCAAAUGCAUGGCCUUUGUGUUUCCGUGGUCGUAUGAUUGAUCAGCCACUCAUUCAAUAGUCUUAAAAAGUUGCCAACAUUGCCAGUUAACUUAUCAAUCAAUACUAAGUACUUGUAAAUGGAAUUAGCUAUUUUAAAAAUGUCACUUUUGAAUAUACUGGUGCUCUACCUUGGCUUUUUACCUCGUUAUUUUAAAUAAUGUAUCUGUUGAAACAUUUUACAACGUGUCUUCCUAUACGUUGCUGGCGAAUAAUAAUGCUUGGUUCACUAAAUGGUGAUACUUUAAAUGCGAUCCUGGAUGCUCUAGAGGUUUAGUAACACAUGAUGUGAGUUGGAAAAUCAGGCUGUGUAACAUAAUAUCAACCGUUUGAAAGUAAUUAACAUGGAAGACUUCCAUUCGGUACAAUUCGUUUUGCUUUACAUCUUGUCAGUACUCUAAUCGAUCAAUUUUACACAAAUAUUGGUCCGCUAAUCAUUCAUAUAAUUCUUUUAUGCAUGAGGCCGAGCAGUAAGUAAAGCAGUAUUAGCGCAAGUAUCAAUCUUCGUCUCUUGUUACGGCUCAUAUCAUAAAGUCUUCGAAUAAAUAACGUAAGUGAUACAAGCUAUUUCCUCACAAAUAUUAUUUGAGUGAAAUAGCUUUCUUUUGGAAUUCUGAUAUCUCAGUUUAGUUUUCCACGCGUUUCAGUCAGUCACACCACAGAACCUGGUAAGUAUGUACAUCAGUCCGAGUUGCCCUGUUAGCACAGAGAUGAAAUUCCCAAAUCUCGGAAUAUUAGAGGUGGUAACAGUAUCAAUAGUAAUAAGAAAGACUGGGUAUUAAUGAUACGAUUCGAUGGGAAAAUAUAAAUCAGGAGUUUGCGUCACUGCAAGCGAUUUCGUCCCAUUUCAUUAAAUGUCGUUAACAAUUAGUUACGAUGAUCACAUGGACCUGGACCAGGUAUUCUGCACAUAUUAGCAUGGCUAAAUGCAACUGUCACUCAACAGAUGCCAUGUUUCCGCCUGUUCCUUCCUACCUUUCUCCAAACCUACUCCACCAGCUGUCGGGUUAAGCGAUGGUCGAUCAUAUGUAACGCGUCACAAUAGCCGGUUGGCGAAGAUUUUCUACUACAUCAAUUGAUAUAAUGCCCUUACUUAAUAUCCUAUUCCUAAUCCAUGCAUCGCUUAUAUCGUCGAAGUAUUGUUGAGAUUGUUAAUUUAAACAAAUUCAAACAUUUCCUAAUUCUGUAAUGAAUCGUCAUCUACUAUCUAUUGAUCUGAAUUUAUCACAGUUUCUAUCCAAGUCUAAUGUAGAAUUAAAUCUACGAAUAUUUACUACACACUUGGAAAGUUGUGCAGAAUAUUCUGGUGAACGGGUGACUCAAUUGAAAAGUGUUUGGGAUACAAUGUCCAGUUAUGUCAAGUGUGGCGAUUCUCAAGCUCGUUUAAACAAAAGCCGUGCAAGUAUAUUUUGCGGUGACCUUAAUCUGAGGGAUUCAGAGAAUAGAAUUAUGUGCGAAACGGUUAAAAAUUCAGACGAAACAGUCUGCAAAAUUAGAAGGCACUUUCACCACGAAAAUAUUUGUCAAAAUUAUGUUCGCUCGGAUAAAUCUAAAGUGUAUACAAAUUAAUAUCCUGAUGUUUUAAAGUACUGCCACAAUACAAGCAAAUAAAAAUCAACUUUAUUUUGAGAUUUGAUUUUAAAUUCUCCUGAUAUGCAAAUUAAAUAAACACUCGAGUUUUCAUAAAGUUAGCAAACAAACAGGUUGAGAAAUAAAUAAUGUUAUUUACACUAA